CCUGCAACGACUUAAAGAUCGCAAUCCACGAUACCGCCACCAGCGCCAUGAAGCCUGGAAAUCUGCCAAUGCGCGCACAGUCGCGGCCAAUAUGUCAGUUGUGCGACUACAUAUUGCAGCAGCCUGCAAGUCGCCGCGCAUUCCUGUCCACAUCGUCCCUCCGAACACCCUCGAUACGGCGGCAAAACGCGCGAACCACGACUCUGGCACCCCGUAUAUCUGUACGAAGCAUCGCGACAACACCUCGGACGGCAGCGGCGAUUGAUACGCGCGACGAUGGCGGUCUACAUACGUCGGACAGAAUUGCGGCGUUGAAGAGCCAGCUUGCCCAGGUGGAGGCCCGAAUACAGGAAAUAUUCAAUUCACCCAAGGUCGAGAAGGAGCACAUUAUAAUGGAGGCGUUUGAAGGACUGGACAGUAUUGCGCAAGAAGCCAUCGCUAUACGCGCACGCCAGCCUCAACUACAGAAGGCAGCAAUAAGACAGAGCUCAGCGGGCGCCAUACUCUCUGGACUGGAUGGGGAUGAGAGAGCGGAGACGGCGAAAAGAAAGAGCUCGAGAAUGCUGGGACUGGAUGCUCUGCCCUCGCCAUCGUAUCUCUCCAAGCUCGCUGAGCGUCUCCUGAAGCACGAGAAAGUCUUUCUAUCACCAAACGUCCUCGCUAUAUACAUCCACCUGCAGCGACUACUCGCCCGGCCAAAGACCAUCCCCGAGGCACUCUACCUCUACGCCAACAAACCAGUCCCAGUUGAAAGCUCGUCACCACCAAAGUUCUCCACGCCCUCGCCCAAGUCGGCUAAGCAGGUCAUUCCAGCUGAUCUCGCCGACGCAGCGCUCACGGCCGCCAUCGAUGCGAAAGACUUGGCACUGGCCCUAGAUGUCGUUGACCACACCUACCGCGCUCCUGCAUGGCGGCGGCAUCGCAUACUCACCAAGAUGGGCUUGCCAGGAGUGCUGGUGGGUCUCACGCCACUCGCUCUUUACAUGAUCGCCCAGGAACUCUCCGUAUACAGUGGCUUCAUCGAUCCGUGGACCUUCAAGCUGUAUGCCUUCAUGGGCAUGAGCACAUAUGUCUUGUGCACGGGCACGCUCGGGUUCGUUGCCCUCACAACAUACAACGAUCACCACGAUCGAGUGGUCUGGCGGCCUGGUGUACCGCUACUCGAUCGAUACAUCAGGGAAGAUGAGCGGGCGGCGUUGGAUCGUAUUGCAUGCGCAUGGGGGUUCAAGGAAGUGUGGAGGCGAGGUGAUGAAGAGGGUGAUGAUUGGGAGGGGUUGAGGCAGCUGGUCUUGCUCCGGGGUAUGGUGCUCGACAAACCUGAUCUGAUGCCCGGUAUGAAUCCUGGAAGAUAGUGGAAGUAUGUAUCAAAGCAAUGGACACGUAUCACAUUCUACCAGCAUACACGUACUGAGACAUCAGAGUUAUCUAUAUUAGUGGAGGUCUAGUAGAUUAGACGUCCACGACAAGUGCAAAAGGAUAUUUCUCUACGCUGGACAACCUGAAUGCUAUUAUGGAGACCUGUUCAGACUAAAAAGAGAGGAUAUCUUUACAAAUAUGAGAAAUUGAUGUGCAAAAAAUCGGUUUAUUGCGACACCUGUGUGAUUCGAACACACGCUCCCGAAGGAACUGGCUAACUUUCCUGUGAAGGACUAGCAGGCCAGCGCGUUAACCACUCC